UGGUCAGCGAUUCUUUAGAUAAUUUUUUUAUUGUUCAAAAAUAACCUCACAGAAUUGGGGUUUUGACACAUUCUGUCCCAUUUGUUUUCGUCUCAUCGAACUCUGCUGCUAGCAGUCGAGCAUCCUUCACGAACGGCGAGCAGCAGCCAUCACUUUAAGCAGUUUUUCUUCGGCUUCUUCCUCGCUACAGGUAUCUACAAUAGAGAGAAACAAAAGUAGACAUUGGGAUGGCAUCUGCAUCAGUGCCACUAUGCAUUUCCAAUCUAUCAUACAGUUCAAGAAGAUGCAACCCAACGUUCUCCAAACCAAGCUCAGUAGUAAAUGAUAAACCCCUUGGUCUGUCUAUUAUCUUUAGAGUUAGCAAAAGCCAUCAGAAUUGUGAGACAAAGAAGUUGUCUCAUAGGUUUGUUGUUUUAGCUAUCACCAAAGAUUCAGCAAAAUCUAAUGACUCAGAAGAGACAAUUCCCUCCUGGGCUAAACCAGACUCAGAUGUACCACCCCCUUGGGCCCAGGAUGAAGGAAAAGAGAUCGCUUCUCAACAAUCCUUUGAGAUCCCCUUCUAUGUUUAUUUGCUUGCCUCGACUAUAACUGCAAUAGCUGCGAUUGGUUCUGUUUUUGAGUAUGUGAACCAGAAGCCUGUUUUUGGGUUGCUGAAUUCAGAUAGCGUGUUUUAUGCACCCUUGCUUGGGUUCUUUGCCUUUACUGGUGUUCCAACUUCUGGCAAGAAAAGUAAACCAAUUUGGUAAAUCUAUGCAUUGGCAUUCUUGUGGUUCAAAGCUGUUCAAGCUGCUAACAAGGCCGCCGAGGAACAAGACCGUAGAGAUGGUUAUCUCUAGAACAUGGUUGCAUAUUGCUGCAUGAGCUGCUGUAUUCAACCAAUUGUAAUUAGUAUGUAUAUGCCCUUUGAAAAGAGGUUGUAUAACCAUUUUUUCCAUUGUAUUUGGUGCCACUCUAGGUAAUGUAGCAUUAAGCCAGGAAAAAUAACUCUCUCUUUCUCUCUC